GUUUGAUUGCGGAAGUGUUCGGACAGAGGCGCAGCGCCCUGAGCCAGUUAGCAUAUGUGACUUAUCACCUGACUGGAUGACUUGGUCCCGCUCCAUGUAGGACUCGGGCUUGUGUCCUUGCAGAGCUUUAUCAGCAUACGUGGUACUGGUGGUGAAAAGAACUUGGCUGUGGUUAUGGCGGACCACAGUGAUGUUAGCUUACAGCCGGAGGAGCGGGUCCGUGCCCUGACCAAGAGGGGAAGCUCAGUUGAAGUUAAUGAUGAUGUGCCACCACGUCGCUACUUUCGUUCAGGGAUGGAGAUGAUCCGAAUGGCUAAUAUAUAUACUGAAGAGGGGAAUAUCGAGCGUGCAUUUUUACUCUACAAUAAGUAUAUCACGCUCUUUAUUGAGAAAAUUCCUAAGCAUCGAGAUUAUAAAACUGCUAACAUUCCUGAGAGGAAGGACACAUACAAGAAACUUAAGGAUGUUGCGUUCCCUCAGGCAGAGAUACUAAAAAAAGCUCUUUUGCAGCGAUUUGAACAGGAAUAUGCACAAUACCUUGUCAAAAAGAGAGCCGAGGAGGCGGCCGUGGCCCAGGAGCAGUCCAAACAGAGAGCGCUGGAUGCAGAGCGUGAACGCGUGGCUGACAUGCAGCGGCGGCAGCGGGAGCAGGAGCAGUUCAGUGCCUUCGAGGAGAUGAUUCGCCGCCAAGAGCUGGAGAAGGAGCGCCAGCAGGUGGUGCUGGAGUUUGGUACGCCGGGCACGCCUCCACCGGAUGCGCCCCUCAUCCCAGGCAUCCAGGGUCCCCCGUCUUCCUACGUGGUCACCCCAACCCCUCCACAGAGUCCGGGGGAGUUCUCCACAUCAUCCAACAACCACCCCCAACCCCAACAUGGACACCCUCCUGUGUCCGCAGGGCAGUCUGUCACCGGCCCACCAACCUUUGACCGGUCGCUCAAGCCUGGGUCUCUGGUCAGUCCAGGGAACAACAAUACCAUGGUGGAUGCCCUCCGGCAGCUGGCAAUUCCCAGUGAGCUGUGCCGGAGUUUCCUGAGGCUGGCUGAGGCCAACACCAGCCGAGCCGUAGAGACUUGUGGUAUCCUGUGUGGCAAACUGACCAGAAAUGAGUUUACCGUGACUCAUGUCAUCGUGCCGAAGCAGUGCGGCGGACCCGAUUACUGUGACACGGAAAAUGAGGAGGAGCUCUUCCUCAUCCAGGACCAGUAUGACCUCAUCACCCUGGGCUGGAUCCAUACACACCCCACUCAGACAGCCUUCCUGUCCAGUGUGGACCUUCACACGCACUGCUCCUACCAGAUGAUGCUGCCGGAGGCCAUCGCCAUUGUCUGCUCGCCCAAGUUCAACGAAAUCGGCUACUUCAGGCUGACAGAUCGCGGAACGGAUGAGAUCUCCACAUGUAAACAGAAGGGCUUUCACCCUCACAGCAAAGACCCUCCUCUUUUUACACAUGCGGGACACAUCACCAUCACUGACGGCAGCGUAUCCAUGUUGGACUUGCGGUGAUUUUUAUUUUUUUGCUGUUUUUUCCUCACCACACUACUCACAGACUGAAUUAAAAAAAAAAACCAAUCCAGAUGACCUGUUUGAAGAAACACUCGCAUUAUUUCGAGACAGCACUAAGUAAAUCCCGGCUGCAGGUUCGAGCAUUUACACGGACAUCAGCUGUUCUCAAAGGACACGUCAUUCUGGAUUUUUUUGUUGUUUGUUUACUCUCUCAGCUUUCUUCUUUCGACUCUCCAAGCAAACAGCUGCUCCCCACCCCAGUGGGCGGGUGAACCUCUGGCUCUUUCACGUCUGCCGUCUGUCAGUGUGCAGUCUUGUUUUCAUUUGUUUUCAGAUUGGUUGGGUUAAAGAUGUUAAUUAUCAUGUGUCUGUCAGGGACAUUAAACUGUGGUCAAAACAAUAUGCGGUUUUAUGGUAUGUAUCCAAUCUUACGUUGGGUUGAUCAUUCCUCAUCAAGUGAUGCUCCUGACCGACAGUGCCAAGGAUGGGAGGAUUCGCCAAGUCCCCAAUAACGUUGAAGAAGUUCCACGUGAAUUCAGCGUUCGCCCUCAUGGAGCACUGCAUUAUGUUAGUGAUGGUUUGUUUGCGUUGUAAGCUGGUGAAGAGGAACGCCAAGAGAAGCGAAAAGGCCAGUCAUAGCUCAGGUACGUGGGCAUUGCUGCUCUUCUGUAUUUUUGUAUACAAUACGAAUGCCUCACUCCUCUGGUAUCUUUUGUCGUUUCCAGAAGAUUUUGUUGAAAAUGUCGCUGUGCUCAUGAUGGAGUAGUUUGUUUUAUCGUCUGUUGCGGGGAGGGGGAUGUAUAACGUAACAAAACGUGGGCUAUGCAAAUCAUCUAAGAUGUGACUGUAGUUCAGAGGAAAUGUGUGCAACAGACAACUGAAUAUACCGAAGACUGCACACUGCUGAUCCACUAGCUGAGGUUCACCCCAACCAGUUGUGCUUGCUGCUGUCUGUCAUCAGAGGAUGUACAUGAUUAGCCUCGAGUGUGAGAAUACGUCAUCAGAUAACACAAUAAACUCAGAAUACAUGAUCUGUUGUUUGAAUUGUGUGUGUAUGCGUGCGUCACUUUUUAUGAGACUUGUGGAAGAAGCAUGGUUGAAACAUGGAACAUCAGUUGCUGUGUAUAAAUAAGAUCAUGUGACCAACAUAAUAAACACUAG